UGAUUUGCUGUUUUCUUGCGCCCCGGCAGUGACAUCGUGUGUCUGUGCCUGUGCAUUAAUUUCUGGAAGCAGCAGAUACUGCGAUAUUUGAUUGCCGAAAGAGGGUCGGUUCUGCAAUGCUCGCCAGGGAAUGCAUCGUAUCCGCACCUGGUAAAGUUAUUCUUCACGGUGAACAUGCAGUGGUGCACGGAAAGGAUGCACUGGCUGUAAGCUUAAACUUGAGGAUGCACCUCAGAAUCCAGCCUGGCUCUGAAGGGAGAGUGUCCAUCAACAUGCCCAACAUAGACACCUUCCUGAGCUGGGACAUGUCCUCCCUGCAAGCCCUGCUUGCUGCCAGCAGGGCUGGUUUGUAGAGUGCUGUGGAGCCAGACCCAGCAGUGGUUCAGAAGCUGCGUGAGUAUGCAGGUCUCGUGGAUGGAUUGGCAGACACACGCAGCCUGGCAGUCCUCACCUUCCUCUACAUAUACCUCUGCUUGUUUGCAGAAUCCAGAGAGCUGCCCAGCUUGACCAUGGCUGUGUGGUCUGAGCUGCCCACUGGGGCUGGUCUUGGCUCAAGCGCCGCUUUCUCUGUCUGCCUCUCCGCUGCUCUGCUGGCCUGCAGAGGGGCAAUCGCCUGCCUGGCUGUAGAAGCAGGGCAGACUGCAAGGUGGAGUGAUGACGAACUGGAGCUGAUUAACAAGUGGGCGUUCCAGGGAGAGAAAAUCAUCCACGGCAAUCCAUCAGGGGUGGACAACGCCAUGGGCACCUGGGGUGGAGCAUUACGAUACCACUCAGGGAAGACCAAGCCAUUAAGCAGCACUCCUGUGUUAAGAAUUCUACUCACAAACACUCGAGUUCCCCGGAGUACCAAGGUUCUAGUGUCAGGAGUGAGAGACAAAAUGACCAAGUUUCCUGCUAUAAUGAAUCCGGUGCUGGAAUCAAUAGAUGCCAUAUCCUGCGAGUGUGAGCGAACCCUGAUGGAGAUGGCGAGCGGACCUGAAAUACAACACUACCGAGUAUUAGAGGAGCUGAUUGACAUUAACCAUCACCACCUGAAUGUGAUGGGUGUGGGGCACCCCUCCUUGGACAGGCUGUGCCAGGUCAGCUUGGCACACGGGCUGCACAGCAAGCUGACUGGGGCUGGGGGAGGAGGCUGUGGCAUCACUCUGCUCACACCAGACACUGACAGCUCAGAAGUUGAAAGAUCGAUGCAGGACCUGAAAGACUGUGGCUAUGAUUGCUGGGAAACUAGCAUUGGCGCACCUGGUGUUCUGCAUCACUCUUCAUCCUCGCUGACGGAAGACGUGUUAAAGGUUUUAAACGAUUACUAAGUGGACAUCUGCACCACGAUGCUCGGUUUGCACUUUGUCAGCGUGUGAGACGCCCUGACUGCAGGAUAUCCAUGGAUCCUCCCCCCACACGCGUGAUAUUAGACGAGUGCUUCAGACUGCACCCACCGGAUAUAAACAACCAAACUCAUGUUUCUUUGCAGAAAGCUGUGCUGGUGUAAUUCGGUGCAUUUACAUUUAGAGUUGGCUUCUGCAGGUAACAAAAUGAAGUCAUCAUAACAAUCUAGUUAAAUCUAGUCUAGAGCAAGUCUUAAUGGUUUCGCUUCAUCCUCAGCAAAGGCCUGCUGACAAAUGUUAGUAUUGUUUUUGAUGUUUCUUGUUCAAAGUCAAUGACUUGCCCAGAACUACGUACAAUUUAUCCUGAAGUUCUGCGAUGAGUUCCUGUGCUUUUAGAUAAUUGGAGGCACACAGUGCUUUUUGUGUUCUGCGUUUCACCCAAGACUUUGCAUUGCAUUCCUCUUCUUUUAUUUAAUGACAAAUGUGCAAGACCUUGCUCGCCACACAAUAGUAAUAUCAGAUUGACGGCUUGAUAUUUUAUUGGGAGCUUCCCGAAAAAUGUAUUUUAAAAAUAGCGAUUUUAUGCAACGUUCAACAAAAAAAAAAAAAUUCUGAGUGUUUUAUAUUUCAUUUUAUAGUUACAUUUUUUUUUUGUUUGGUUUUUCUCUCAAACUAUAUUUAAUCUUGGUGCCUUUUCCACAGAAUCUGGUUCAGUGCAGUAAAUGUUGACACAAGCCUAAUGGGUUAGUCUCUGCAUUAUUUGUCAUUGCCAUAAGGGGGCAGUAAAGACUUGCAUUAAGCUCAGGUUAUACAUAAUUGAUAAAUCAACAAUCCACUUAGUGAUUUAUAUUUGGUCUAUAGUAUACUACCCAUCUAUUUGAAUUGUAAAGUAUUUUAAAUUGGUAAAAUAUGAAAAUAAGCGAUUAUAUUUUAGCCCCAUUUGAGUUGUGAUUUGUCUGUAACACAGGACCCUCUUGUAAAUGAGCGUUAGAUUCUCUAAAGAAGUAGAUCCUUAAAAGAAAGUUUUGUUAAAACAUAUUUAGAAAGGUACACUUCUAACUUCAAGGCGCUUUUGCUGCAGAAUGGUUCCACAGAUUAAAGCUCAAGGUGUUUUUUAAUCAGUCAAAUUGGAGCAGUGUUCAUUACAAAACAGGUUCAGAAAUAAAACAAAAAUUUCAGUUCUUGAGGGUGUCGUGGUCUUGGUCUUAUGGGGGAGUUAGUGGGAGUUGCGAACGUGAAUUUAUCUCAAAUAGCUUUUCUGCUGUACACACUGUGAAUGUAGUACAGUGAGCUGCUGUAUUAUUGUCUGACUGAUAUGUUUGUGACAAUAGGUUGAUUUUAUCAGCCUGUACCCAGCUCUGAGAAGCCACAGCUGGAACCCUCUCCUGGCUUCCAUGAGCCACAUAAAGACCUGCUGCUUUUGUGUUUUAAAUCGUUUCUUGUGCACGCGAGGAUAGGAAGCAAGAAAUGUGUUUUAAAUAAUGAAUUUUUUUCUUUUAAAAUAAAUAGCUGUGUCUUUUAAAACCCAGCGCUGUCUGGAAAUUUCAAAAGAGAGGCUUGAGAGUUCCAAUCUCUUUCAUGUGGCUCCUCUGCCCCGCAUUUCUAAAGGUCAGACUGAUUUUCUUUUCUCCUUUUAGAUCUUUGGCAGAUAUAUGGAGAAGUGUUGCCUCAAGCCUGGGGUAAUUUAUCUGGUUUGUCCUACAGUCCCAAUUAAUCCC